CUAUGGUGUCCGAGAAAAUAUAGAGAGGCAGCAGCCGGAGGGCAAAAGCUUUAAAGUUUUGCACAGGCAGAAAUAGAGAGAGAAAGGAGAAGGAAUCAGAGUGGCAAAAUGUCGACGUUUUUGCAAUCAUUUCUAGAUCCAAGGAAGAACUGGUUCGCGAAGCAGCACAUGAAAGCUCUCUCCAAACGUCUCCGCAAAUAUGGGCUCCGAUACGACGAUCUUUACGAUCCGUACUACGAUCUGGACGUGAAGGAGGCGCUUUAUCGACUCCCCAGAGAGAUUGUGGACGCUCGUACCCAGCGUCUCAAGCGCGCAAUGGACCUUUCCAUGAAACACGAGUACCUUCCCGAGGACCUCCAGGCAAUGCAAACCCCUUUCAGGACCUACCUUCAAGAUAUGCUGGCUCUUGUGAAGAAGGAAAAAGCUGAACGUGAGGCUUUGGGAGCUUUGCCUCUCUAUCAGCGCACCAUUCCUUAAGAGCUUCUUAGCAUUCCCUUGUAGCUUUUGCUCAUGGGAGUGAAUUUCUUGUUGACGGCUUAUUUCUAUGUGGUAAAAUGUUGCCAUAGCCGAAGGGUGAUGGAUUAUGUAUCUGCUUUAUAAAUUUGUUUUGCCAAUCAUUCGUGCCAGAGGUUGAAUUGUGUUAGUAUGUGAUUAUCUUGUAUUGGCAUUUUUCUAAUAAUCAAGCAGAGCCAAAUUUUAAGUUUC